AUGUAAAAAAUUAUUAUUCCUCUUUUAACUUUGAAUAAUGGCAAUAAAAUCCCAUAAAUAGGUUAUGGUACUUACUAAUGUAAAGGAAAUGAAUUAGUGGAUGGAAUCAAAUAUGCUUUACAAAUGUAAUCAUAUUAAUAAAUAAUUAUUCUUAGAGGAUAUACUCACAUAGAUUCUGCUUCUUGUUAUAGAAAUGGUAAGGAUAUUAGAGUUCCUAAAAGAGAAGACAUUUUCAUCACUUCUAAGAUUGCCCCAUAAGAACAAGGAUAUGAGAAUACUAUUAAAGCUUGCAAAAAGAUUUUAUAAGAUUUAGAUACAACAUACCUUGAUUUAUUAUUAAUUCAUUGGCCGGGUUCUUCAGGUAAUAAACCUAAUAGUCCUGAAAAUGCCACUGUUAGACUUUAAACUUAUAAAGCUUUAGAAUAAUUAUUUUAAGAAGGAUUGAUUAAAAAUAUAGGAGUCAGCAAUUUCUUAAAACAUCAUCUUGAACAUCUUAUGUAACAUUGUAAAAUUAAACCUGUUAUCAAUUAAAUAGAAGUGCAUCCCUUAUGUUGGGAUUAAGCUACUGUUUAAUAUUGUUAAUAACAAGGUAAUAUUUAGUAAUAUAUAAUUAGGCAUUUUGAUAGAAGCUUAUUCUCCUAUUGCUAGAAAUGAUCCAAAAUUAAUAUAGAAUGAAAAAAUGAUUGAGCUUUCAAAGAAAUACAAUAAAAGUGUUGCAUAAAUAAGUUUAAGAUGGGCUGUACAAAAAGGAUUCAUUAUUUUACCAAAAUCAAAGACUCCGAAAUACAUCAAAGAAAAUAUUGAGAUUUUUGAUUUUGAAAUUUGUGAAAAUGAUAUGAAUGUUAUUGACAAUCUUAAUCAAAAUUAUCAUACUUGUUGGGAUCCAAGUACAGUUAUUUAUUGA